AUGGUUCACCAUAGUCGAAUAUGCGAUUACACACCCACGUCCCUCUUCGAGUCACUAAAUAAACCUGUUUGGCUAUUCUGCUCAGUUCGACGGCUAGAUCACCCCCAGAGUUGCCAGCGCCGAUGA